AUGACGUCGGUCGACGACCUGAAGCGGGACAAGCAGAAGGACAAGCAGCCCGAGCAGCAGCCGUCCAAGGCCGCCAUCGAGGCCGUCGUCGGCACCGCGGCCUCGCCUCGGGCCGACAACGUUGGCAAGGAGCGGAAAGUGCAGCAGAACGGAGGAGGCGGGGAUGGCGGAGCGGAGGCGAACGGAGCGAAACGGCCACACCAUGUAGAGAAGAAGAAGGCCAAGAAGGACGACCACGGCAAAGCGGAGAGGAAGAAGGAGAGGGCCAGGCUGCGAGAACAACAGCAGAAGGAGAACGAGCGCACCGCGACGACUACGACGACCACCACCACCUCGAUGACGGACAACGCCGACCACGGACGAGCACAGCACACCAACGGCCUCAUCAACAACAAGGAGGAGGCGCAGAAGAAGAAGGAGAGGAAGAAGGAGAAGAAGGAGAAAGUCACCAACAAGAAGGAAAGCAACCGGGAGCGAUCAAAGAGCAAGCCGGAGAAGGUCAAGAAGAGCGGCGUCGUCGUCGUCGAGGAGAAGGCGGAGAAGGUGCGACCGAAGACCAUUCACCAGAUUCUCGUCGAGCGGGACAAGGCGGUCAAAGAGCGAAAGGAGAAGAAGGCCGAGAAGGCCAACAACAACAAGGACGAGAAGGAUGCGAAGGAGAAAGAGAAGGAGAAGGGAUCGAAGCGACUGAGGCGAAGCAAGAAGACGGACAACAAGGAGAGCGAGAAGGAGAGCACGACGUCGGUGGCGACGACUGACGCGUCGGAGAGCAAGACGACGCCGCCCAAGAAGAAGAAGAAGGGCAGCAAGAAGAAGGAGAAGGAGGGCAAGGAGGAGGAAAAGAUGAAAAGCGAAGGAGAAAGAGAGGAGAAGGAAAAAGAAAAAGAGAAGGGAAGCAAGAAGGAGAAGAAGGAGAAGAGAGUGAGCAGGAGGCUGCGUCGGACGGCGGAGGACACGGUGACGGCGAGCCUCACCACGACAAGUCCCUCCAAGGCGGCUGCCGGCGCGACGACCCCUUCGAAGCUGGCGACGAGCCCCUCCAAGGCCGCCCUCAAGAAGGAGAAGAAGGAAAAGGACAAGCUCGCCAAGAAAGAGAAGGAGAAGCUUCUCAACGGCCACAACGGCGCUUGA